UGCUCUUGUGAUAACAAUUUCGAGCUCGUGACUGGGAAAAUUUAUGGAAAAAGUGCAAGAGAAUUCAAAUUAAGAAUAAUUAGUGUAUUGUACUAGUAGAUAAACGAGUGACAGAGUAUAUUCGACUUGGUUAAAGAAUUCGUUCAAUUAGCCAACAUUUGAAAUCACUGCUGUAAAAUGAUGUCUGACGAUAAAGAAGACGGAGAGAAACUAUUCUCAGAAAAAGGCACAUCGCAACCUCCCGAAGCUGCAAAAUUCAUACCAGAUACUGAAACCAAAAAUGGGGUAUCGCCUAUCAACGUCGAAUGCAUCAAGUCCAAGUUCACCGGAUUGACGAAAGAAGAACUGUUGAAAUAUUCCAAAGAUCCGUUUUGGAUUCGAAUACGAUGGACUUUAUUCAUUCUGUUCUGGAUUAUAUGGUUUAUAAUGUUAUUCGGAGCUAUUGCUGUUAUAAUAGUUACCCCUAAAUGCAAACAAGCCGAUCCUCCACUUUGGUGGCAACGCAGUGCGCUGUAUAAAACUGAAGUCUUAACGUUACCCCAAAAAGACGGUUUAGUUAUUGAUUCGUUAAGAAGACAUAUCGAUCAUCUGAAAGAACUUGGAGUUGAAACCUUAGUACUUAAAUACGUUCUUAAUGCAGAUCUUAGUACACCUUUAGAUGUAACCAAUUUUACCGAUGUUAUGCCUGUUUUGAAGAGUUUGGAUGAUUUUAAAACCAAAAUUAUCGACUACGCUAAAGAAAAAGAUAUCAACGUUAUCAUCGAGUUCAUACCGAAUUCAUCUAGUAAAAAUCACGUUCUGUUCAUCAGAGCAACUUCCAACGAAACAGACUUCGAGGAUGUUUACGUCUGGUACCCUAAAAAUAAAGAACAAAAUACCAGCAAUUGGAAAAGUGUAUACGGUGGAUCAGCAUGGAGCAAAGAAAAUAAUCGAUAUUUUCUCCACCAGUUCCUCGCUAACGAACCCGAAUUCAAUUUCAGAAACUCGCGUACAUUACAAUUAUUCAACGACACUUUCCUAACUUGGCUGAAUCUUGGAGUAAAAGGAUUUUUCUUAGACCGAACGGAGUAUUUACUCGAAGAUGCUAAUUUCGAGGACGAAAAGGUGGCUCGAAAUACCAGCUUUACUGCUGAUCAAUAUGGUUAUUAUUACCACUCCAAUACUUUUGAAAGACCAGAAACGACUGAACUUCUGAAAAACUGGAGUUCGAUUAUUAAAAAUCAAUCGGGUAUUUUAGGUGUUAGUGGAGGUGUUCGCGAUGACAGAGAAAUCGCUAAUUUCGUCUUCAGGCCGAUUUUCUUGCCACCUAAUUUCAAUGCUACUCAAUUAAACGAUGAUAUUACCAGAUGGAAAAGCAGCGUUGAUCAACCAGCUUGGGAGUGGAAUUGUACGAAAGAUGUAAAACAGUGUUUCCCCGAAGAAGCUAUCGAUGGAUUGAGAAUAGUUAGCUUUUUGUUACCAGGAACUCCUGUUUUGAAAUUGGGUCAAGAAUUUGGCUACGAUAAUGUAUUCCAUCCGAAUAAUAAUACAAUAAACCAAGAAUUAUGGCAGCAAGUUCAGGCUAAUCAAUCAGCUAAUCCUGAGAGCCAUCUUAAUAUAGUCAAAGAAUUAAUUAAGCUACGAGAAAAACCGUCUAUAACUUAUGGUACUUUCGAAAGCACCGUUCUCAAGAAUACAAACAACUCGAGCAGCACAGUAUUCGCAUUUACCAGAAUAAAAUCUGGUAAUCCUGGAUACCUGGUUGCUUGGAAUUUGGGUAAUGAGUCAGCAGUCGUCAAUUUCGAUCAAUUUACAACAGUUCCUGAUGAUUUGAUCGUCGUUAUAAAAAGUGGUCGCGUUUUUGGAAAUCAAUACCCAAACAAGAGCCGGAUUUUCAGUUCCAACGUCGAAUUGCCACCGAAAGCAGCGGCGGUGUUCAGUUUUGUUCCUAAAUCACAAAAUUAAGUAUCAAGACCUACGGUCACAUCGUCGACCGAGAAUCCUUGAAUGUCGCGUGCUUCGUUGGCUUGAAUAUUUAUAAAGAAAAAGCUUCCUAUAGCAAUACUCUCUGUUUCUCUCGUGUUUAUAAUACGUCAACGAGUAUCGCGAGUCCUUAACAUAAUUUAUUCCUAAGACAAUAAAUAUUAUGUAUUAGUUUUUCUUUUUUUUUUCUAACGACAACUUACGUGAAAGCAUUUUUUUUGUCUCUCAAAAUGUUGUACUCAAAAAAGCUUUUUAUUUUUACUUUCAUUUUCUUUUUUUCUUUUUCCCUCCUCAUCUCUAUGUAUACAUUUUUUUUUUGGUGUUUUGGAAACCAAUGUUAAUUAUUAUCCGUAAAAGAGGCCGGACUCAUUUAUUAUUUUUACGUCUAAUAUUGUACUUCAUCGAUUUAAUUUAUUCUUAUUUACGCAUUUUAUUUUUAAUUUUUUGUUUUCGAUGUGAAUCUCUUGAGUUACGAUGUUUUUUUGAGUGCAAGAAAGUAGGAAUAUUGAUUGAUAUCUCAUUUGUAGUCGAGAUGGAGAUAAUUAUUAUAAUUUUUGUAUUUAGUCUUAAGUAUACCCUAUUACUACCUAAAUUAUGUGGUUAUUUAUUUUUGUUGUGUCCUCGUUUUAUUGUUCUGAGUUUUAAAAACUCGCCAAUUAUCAGGUUUUGUCGUCGAUAAGUAUCUGUUGAAGUAGUCCGCAGAUCAGAUUACCUACAUAAUUACAACAUCAUACGUAUGUGAAUGUGUUUUCAUUACCUUUAAGGCAUUCUAUUUAUUGUGAAAUUUAGAUAUUAAAGUAUUUAAUUGUGA